UCCCAGCUGUUUGUCAACACAAAAGAAAAUAAUGUGUACAAAUGGUGAUUCGUUUCGAAAAAAUUUAAUUUCUCCGAAUUAAACCACAAAAUGUUUGUUGAUUUCGGUCGGACGUAAUGCCGUUGCUUCGAUAGAUACACUCGCUAAACAUAAACUGCAAACAUUCCGAAUCGAUGCAAGUAAAGUUUAAAGAAAUGGUUGACAAGAAAGGCCAAGGAUAUCUGAAAUACGUCUUCGGGGCGUACAUCUAUGUGAUCUGUGCAUUUCUCGGUGCCAUUCUAUUCAUAAUUCUGUUCAUUUUCGCUAAAAGACAAAUUAUGAGAUUCGCCUUGAGGUCACGACGAGGUCCGCACUUUCCGAUUGGACACGAUGCAAAGAAGUCGAUAAAAAAGGAGAUCGAACGUCGACUGGAUUGCAUUCAACGGAUUGCUUACGAACCUCAGCUAAUUUGGGACGAUGAUUCGAGAUAUAUUCUCAAACCAGACGCAAGCCUUCCGCCAUACUAUUAUCGAUUUAAAGCAGUGGAUGACAUCAAGAUUUUGGAGAAGGAAAUUGCUAAGCAAGAUGGAUCUGUUCGAACGCCCCGUGACAGUUUCCGAGCAUUUUUACUGUCGACACUAGCGGCUACAUUGAAUGGCAAUGGACAACGAUUGAUCCAUCAAUUUUGCGAUAUGUACGAUAUGGCACGUCAUGAUCCAAAUGAAUUUGGAAGCGAUGAAUACGAAGCAUAUCGCCGUUUGCUGCUGAAGCUGUUAGAUGCAGCCAAGACACUGAAAGCAUUCAACAGUCGAAAAUCUUCACCGAGCCGUACGCCAGUCAAAAAACAGACAAAAGUCCAAUCGCUUCUCGAUCCCUCCCGUUUACGACCUCCACCGAUUACAUCACCAAGUUCUGGGGAAUUACUUAGUCCGAAUACUCGCCUGAACAUAGCGUUAAGUAUGCAGCAGGAUCACAACAAUCAUCACGAUGACGAAAUUCUCAGCAUAUCAAUACCUGGGGAAUCGAAUGUUGUUUGAUGAUGCAGAGAGUGUGUGUACCGUACCGCUUAUAAUAAUACCAAAAUUUUACGGAAAUAAAUUUUUAUUUAAAUUAAA